AUGUUUAUCUUCUCGACGAAGACAAUGUGUGCAGACCAUCGUCGGAAAUGGGACCGGGCUUAUUUUGAAAAAUUGGCCGAUCAAAGAUCAACAGAAGAACUGGAGGCCCUGCGCAACGCUCGCACAGAAAAGGAAACUGUCAAGCGUCAACCCCUUAAGGCCCGCGAAUACACUAUUGAUCUGGAAUCAAAUUUGAACAAAUCCCAAGUUAUUGCUAAAACCGGACCCGGCAGCUCCCAGGCUGGAUACUACUGUGAAGUCUGUGACUGUGUAGUAAAAGAUUCCAUCAAUUAUUUGGACCAUAUAAAUGGAAAAAAGCAUCAAAGGAAUCUUGGAAUGUCAAUGCGCAUUAAACGUUCCACUUUAGAAGAGGUGAAGGGUCGUUUCUCAAUGCACAAAAAAGCUCAAGAGCAGAAGGCACAGGAGUACAGUCUUGACGAGAGGAUGAAACAGAUUGCAGAGGAGGAAGAGAAGGUAAAGGCUUAUAGGAGGGAAAAACGGAAAGAGAAGAAGCGGAAAGCCGAGGAUCCUGAUUUGCUAGACGAGGAUGUGGCUGCCUCUAUGGGAUUCGGUGGUUUUGGUUCCUCCAAGAAGGCUCGUUAA